UAAUAAAAAGUUGUCUUUAACAUAUUUUGAAUAUAAAAUAUAAACGAGUAUCAGUAGUCAUUUACAUUUUAUUGCCUUUUAUUUUAUUUUUACAAUAAAAUAAAACACAGCAUUCGACAGGUUUAAGGAAAAUUUCCAGCCACCCCGUUCCCAUACUCUGUCUACUUACGUCGAACAUUUUCACGCUGACUUGCAAUUGCAAGCCACGUUAAAAGACAAAACUAACAGUAAAAAGUAUUGAAUUACUAGAUAUGGAUUUAGUUGAUUAUUUUUACGAUUUAUUCUGGUCAGAAAAUAUAUGGCUUCCAAAGCAAUACAAAUGGAAUGAUAUAGAAUCUUCUGAUAAAUUGAAAAAAGCAAAAGUUAAAGAUCUGUAUAUGGUACCUGUACUUUUUUUGUGUAUAUCCUUAGCACGUUAUAUUUUUGAAAAGUUUGCUGCUUCUAAGUUUUGCCUUUAUCUUGGGAUAGAAUCACCGAUUAGAUCACGAAAUUUUGAAGAUCAAAAGUUAACUAUCAAAGGUAGAGUAUAUUCACAAGUUGCUCUAUCAACUAGAGAAGCUUUAUUAAAAAAAUCGACUGAAUCAUGUUGGCGUGCAUUCAGCUAUUUUAUUCUAUUUGGUUGGGGUGUUAUGGUGGUAAGUGAGUCAAACUGGUUUUGGGACAAUUCUACAUGGCUCACUGAUUACAAAUAUCAUGAGCUUACACUGUUAAUGAAGUGGUAUUUUUUUUUAGAAAUAUCUUUUUAUUUAUCUCUAUCAGUAUCCCAGUUUACAGAUACAAAGCGCAAGGACUUUUAUCAAAUGCUCAUUCAUCACUUUGUUACUUUGUUUUUAUUAAUUGGCUCAUACAUUACUUCAAUGUAUAGAUUCGCUGUGGUGAUCAUGUUCAUUCACGAUGCAUCAGACUUUUGGCUUGAAACAGCUAAAAUUGCAAAAUAUGCUAAAUGUGAUAAAGUUUGUAAUGUUUGUUUUGGUAUAUUUGCAAUUGUAUUUGUUUUUACUCGCUUAAUUUAUUACCCAAUUUGGGUUAGUUAUGGGUAUUUUGUUUAUAAUACUUAUGACACAAGCAUUAUACAGAAGGGUAUGGUAUCAAUGUGUUUCUUAAUUUUGUUUUUGAAUUUUUACUGGGGUUACUUAGUUGUAAGUAUGUUGUACAGAAUAACUGUUUCUGGUAAAAAGACUAAAGAUUCAAGAAGCGAUAAUAGUGAUUCUGAUGAAUGAUCUCAGUGAAAAAUGUUUUCAAAAAAAGCAACUUGUGGUUAUUUAAAUCUUUUAAUAUUAUCAAAAAUUGAAUCUUCGUAAUUUUUUAAGGUAAUGCAAACAUCUGAUAAUGUACAAAGUUAAACGAAUCUUUUGAAGCAGUUAAGUUUCUAAAGCAAUGUAGCACAAUUACUUAUAUUUUUUUUAGAUUUAAUGUUGCUAGUUCAAUUUCUUUUGUGUAUGUCAUUAGUAUUUCAAAUUUUAGUUAACAACAUAUAACAUUUUUUCUAUAGAAAAAACCAUUUCAUUAUUCGUUAUAGAGUAAAAAAAGUCUUGGUUGCAAAUCUUGUUUUGUUAUCUUUUAUUUUCAAAGUUGUUGCGUUGAAAUUAUUUUUUAUUCUUUUAUAAAUACAUUUAUAAUCAUUUUAUACUAUUAAUCUAGAUGACAAAGCUGAAAUAUAAUAAUAUAUUUUGAUUAGUAAUAUAUUUUGUUAU